UAGUACUGUAUAUAUACUGUAAUAUAACUCUCUCUCUGUAUAAACUCAACGUUAUAUUCAAUGUUAUAAAUGUGUUGCCAUUUGGACUCAUAGUUGACUCACACAUACAUACAUACAGACAGACAGUUAAACAGACACUCAUUUGGAUUAUAAAAACUAACCAUUGAUUUGAUUGUUAUUAUCAUCUAAUUUAACCAUUGAUUGACACAUCCAUUGACUGAUCAUCAGCUGCUGGUUAUUACUGAAUCCAUACUAAGAUUAUCAGAGAUCCUCGACAACAACAACAACAUAGACAUCAUUGUCGACGACUACGACCACCACUCCAGAAGACAUUAAGAAACCUUAAGAUACCUAAUCGACAUCAACAGCAACAACAAUGGGCAACAUUUUUGCCAAUCUAUUCAAAGGCUUGUUCGGCAAGAAGGAGAUGCGUAUACUAAUGGUCGGCUUAGACGCGGCCGGAAAGACAACGAUCCUCUAUAAGCUAAAGUUGGGCGAAAUUGUGACCACUAUUCCCACUAUCGGUUUCAAUGUGGAAACUGUCGAAUACAAGAACAUAUCGUUUACCGUAUGGGAUGUCGGCGGUCAGGACAAGAUUCGGCCGCUAUGGAGGCACUACUUCCAGAACACUCAGGGCUUGAUAUUUGUGGUCGACUCUAACGAUAGAGAGCGUAUAGGCGAAGCUCGCGAAGAGCUGAUGCGUAUGCUGGCCGAAGACGAGCUCCGGGAUGCCGUACUGUUGAUAUUUGCCAACAAACAGGACUUGCCGAACGCCAUGAAUGCGGCCGAGAUUACCGACAAACUGGGACUACACUCGUUGCGCAAUCGCAACUGGUAUAUACAGGCUACCUGUGCCACAUCGGGCGAUGGACUCUACGAGGGUCUCGAUUGGCUUUCCAAUCAACUUAAAAAUCAAAAAUAAUUAAUUAUUAAUUAUUUUUUUUUUAAUAAUUUAUAAUAUGAUGAAUUGAAUUUGUUUUUUUUUAAUAAUAAUAAUAAUAAUUUUUUAAAUAUUAUUAAUUAUAUAAAUUAAUUAAUUGAUUGAUUGAAACACACAAACAAACAACCCUUUUCCUCUUAUGUUUACUCUCUCUCUCUCUCUCUCUCUGUUUGCCCGUCAGAUAAUAAUAAUAGUAAUUUAGUUUUUAAUUAAAACAAAUAAUUUAAUAAUUGUAAUAAUAAUUAAUAAUAAACGGACGGACACUCCAUUUUACUAAAUUGAUUGAGCGAUAAAAUUUCAAUUGUAAUUAUUAUUAAUUAAUUAAUUAGUUAUAUAUAUAUAUAUAUAUUUUAGAAGUAUUGUA